CUGCGACAAGGGCAUAGACAUUCGACACUUCGAAGUAGAAAUAACACACAAUAUGUAUAUAUAUUAACCAGUUCUUAAUCUGUGAUAUGUAUAUAAAAAAUAAUGUAACCAUAAUAUAACUAGUGUUUAUCAGACAUAAUAUUUCGGGUAUGCUUAAAGUGGGUCAGCUGGUAAAGGCACUUAAAUAAAUGUCGUUAUUAAUAUUACAAGUUGAAUGUAUAAGAAAUAAAGCACUUAAAUAAUAAAGUUGCUUGAGAUACUCUGCUAUAGUUGUGCUAUUGAAAUUUAGAAACCAACAUGGCCGUAAAGAUGUGUUAAAUUUUGUGAGAAAGUACGUGUUUCUAUAUUUUGUUUAACAUGGCUAAACGAAAAUCAGUAAAGAAGAAUGUCAAGGAAAUAAAAGCAGCAUCAGGGAUUGCCACAAGUACAAAAUCAAAUGUAGAACCGACUAAACAUGUUGAAGAAACUGUGAAUGCUGAAGCUCUGCCAUUGAGUUCUGCUAGCCUUGUUAUGAUGAAAGUGUGUAGAUUAUGUGAAACGAAAGAUGGUCCGUUUCAUAAUAUAUUUGGUGCUGAAAAUAUGACGGCCAAGAAAAUUGAUGACAUUAUGCCAUUUGUGGUGGCUGAAAAUGAUGAUCUACCUCAUAAAAUAUGUUUUCGAUGUUCAGCAAAAGUGGAGGAAUUGUAUGAAUUCAUACAGAAAUGUAUUAAAACACAGGAUAAUUUGCGAAAGGCGUUGGGCAAAAGUGAGCCAAUUUCACAGAAAGUAAAACAGAGAACUCUAUGGGAAGAGAAGUUAAAUGAAUCCAAUAUGUCUAAUGAUGACAUUUGUAAUGCUCUUAUACGAAAAGCAAUGGAAGGUAUUAAAGACAUUCCCAUUAUGCCCCUUAAAGAGAAUGAGAAGGAAGACUCAAAGAAAGAUUUGAAAAAAGAUAAAGAAAAUAAAAGUAAAGAACCUGAUGUGAAAAGACAUACAAGACACACUCAACAUCUUCCAAAGGAUGAUGAUAAAGAAAAAGAAGUAUCUAAAUUGUCUAAAAACUUGGAUAAUGAAUCUGUAAAAUUAGAAACACCAAAAGUUGAAAAAUCUGGACUGAAACCAACUACAACAAAUGCUUUAAGUUUUGACUUUUUCCCUAGUGAGGAGAAGAAGGAGGCACCUAAACCUUUUAAUAUUAUGGAUCAUGUCAGUACAAUAAAAGUGAAUGGAGUUGGUAUUUUAUUUCAGUGUAAGUUAUGUAAUCGAAAUUUCCUUAAAAAAGAAGUUGUUAUGUCACAUGGCUGUUCAAAAAAUGGUGGCAAAAAGAUUGUCGAAGAAGUUAAAACAAUAACACCAGAGCCACCAAAAAUACCAUUGAUAAAAUACAUUAACACAAAACCCAAAAAUGAAUUAACAAACAUGGCAAGUAAUUCACCCAUAAGUAUUGAUGAUGAUGAAGAUGAAGAUGAUAAACCUUUAGUUCUUAAAAAGCCUAAACCCAGAAUUGGGCCAGCUAGUAAAGUAAGACGAAAUGAAAACAAAUCACCCACACCACAAAUGUCAUCUUUGACCACAGAAGAAACUGCAAAAACUAUUGUGAAUGCAUUUUCAAUGUCUCAUCAGCAACCCAGCCCUAGUCCAUUGAGCAUUCAAGCCCCUUCUCUUCAACUUCCAAUGGGUUCCCUAAUGAAUAAUAGAUAUAAGAUUGUUCCUGGUCCAAAUAACUCCAUUAUGCUUAUCGAAGAUAAAACAGUUUCCACAACAGAUUCAACAGCAGAUGCGUCUAAAAGCGAACAAUCUGAUAACACUUCAGCUCAGAAGAAUGUGGACAAAUCAAGUCAUGUUAAACCUUCAAUAUCUCCCAGCGAACAACCAUAUCCUGUUAGAUUAAUUAAAAAAGUUUCACAUGAAUCUCCAUACCCUACAUUGCUUGAAUCUUUCACAACGCCAGCUAUGAAAAAGCAUUCCUACACAGUGGUUCAAACUGGGAACCCCAGCAAACUGUUAAUAUCUGCAAAACCACAGCCUGUGGAAGAACAGUCGAAGAAGAGGGCAAGAAAAUCACCCCCCGGUGAGCUUAAUCAAAACAAACCCUACAUAAAUGCAGUGGAAUCAGAUAAUCAACCUAAGAAUUCCGGAUUUUUCACGUUUGUUAAUGUUGAUCCAUCAUUACAACCUGUAUAUGUACUACCCACCAAUAAUAUAAUACAAGAAUCGCAAAUAUCGACGUCAACAACUGCCAAAGCAAUUGACAAAGCGAAAGAUGAAUAUUCAUGUAACAUGUGUGGAGAAAAGUUUUCAAGAGAAAAGAAAUUACUCGCACACAUACAAAGUCAUUAUAAUAAAAUGGAUGAAGAAGACCAAUUAAGAGCACAGAAAAAUUCUAAAAAACGAAAGACUAACACAUAGGUGUACAUUAAAUGUGUAUGUUAUAUUUUUGUUUUAAUAAUAUGCAUUUACAUACUUUUGUUUUUAAGAAUAGAUUAUUCAUUAAAUUGUUUAUAUUAUUUCA